AUGUCGGCCAUCCAACUUUCCUUCUCCCUCCGCGUCUCGUCCGGCGUCAAGACGGUGCACCUCCUCGGCUCCUGGGACAACUACGUCGGCCAGCUCCCCCUCUCCAAGGACAGGUCAUCGUCCAAGUCGGGCUCCUGGAAGGGCACCUUUCGCUUCCAGAACUCGACCCUCGAGGCUGGCCAGCGCUACUGGUACUACUACAUCAUCGACGGCUACCACGUCGCGCACAACCCCAGCGUCACGUCAACUACGGAGCCGACGACGGGCCGCGAGCUGAACAUUCUCGAUGUGCCCGCGGACAAGCACCGCUCUUCGUCCAAAUCUUCGUCGUCUUCGUCUUCGUCUUCGCACAAGUCCAAGUCUUCGUCUUCGUCGCACAAGUCGUCGUCAUCGAGCAAGAGUUCGUCGUCGUCGUCGUCACGCCACCACUCGUCGUCCUCCUCCAAGGACCACCACCACCGGUCCUCGCGCAACCGGGCGUCCCUGUCCGUGGACAUCCCCAAGGGUCGGCCGCUCUCCGUAUCGCAAAUCCAGGCGCCCAAGCCCAUGUCGCCGCACGCGACCAAGCACAUCCUGGAGUCGGAUUACUGCGACCCCGAGGCGCUCGAGGAGCUUACCGCGCGCUUCGGCAGCACGGGCUUCGACGACGACGAGGCCGUCAUCAUCGCCAACUUUGGCGCCUCGCCUGUUUCGUCGACGGGGUCCUCGCUCUCGUACCGCUCCGACAGCUCGUCGCCCAGUUCGCAGCUCUCCGGGUACAGCACGCCCAGCUCGGACGUCAGCACAUGCACCUGCGAGCGCUACGGCAUCACCCGCAAGGGCGAGCGCGUCAAGCUCGACUGCGGCGGCGCGCACUGCGGCUACGGCGACGAGGCGUCGUCAUGCUCCAGCGGUGCCAGCGAGGACGAAUACGAGUACGAGCCCGAGGCGGUCGAGUACUCGCGUCGCCACCACGGCAGCAGCAGCUCCCGCCGCCACGGCAUCGUUGUCGGCUGA